CUUUUCUUUAAAUAAAACAACAUCAACACAAUGGCAUUAUUUGGAUAUUUAGCAACUUUUUUCACAUUUGCUGCACUUGUGCUUCAAGUAUUUAGCAUGAUUGGCACAACAUAUAAUAGACCUUUUUUACGAGAUUUGUAUUUCGCUAAAGUGACUAUUAGAAAUGACUUUUAUAUCUUCGGGUUAUGGAGUUAUUGCACUGGUGAUAUUCGUAGUCGUGAUUCAUCAUCUUUUGUGGUCGAGAGUUGUAGUAAACCUGUUCCUGCGUUCGAUUGGACUAAUACAGAGGGUAUAAAUCGAUACUUCAGAGAUAUAGGAGACCUUCAUAAGCUAUUUCUAGCCGAUUUUAUUUUAUAUUGGAUUGCAUUAGGCUUCACUUUAUUAGCUUUAAUCAUUACGAUUAUGAGUCAUUUUAGACGUGGACCUGAUCUAUUAGCUUCUCUUAUGACAUUUAUUGCUUUUAUUAUUCAAAUGGUAGUUUUCAUUAUCAUGCUUGUUGUUGGUAUUCGUGGUGUCAAUGCUGUAAAAAGUUAUGACCCUGAUAUUGCCAAUGGUCAGCUGGGUCCUUCUAUGUGGAUGACACUGGGCGCUUUUGUUGCAUUAUUAAUUUCUUCUAUUGCAUAUUGCUUUGCUUGUAUUUUCGGUCGAGGCAGAACUCAUUCAGGUGAAAAGGCCUAAAUAACGUCGACCUAUUAUAUAUUCAUGUAUAUAUAUAUAUCACAUUUUUAUUGUGCAUAUAUUGUUUCAAUAUGGUCAUUACUUAUUUAUCAUAUAUCCAUACUUUUUUACUCUUUUAUUGUAAUCCUAAUAUUUAUUCACUCAUAAAUUUAAUAAUAAAGCAGAGAAUAGAAUUACACCACUUGCCUAUAUUAUAAUCUAGUUGGAAUAAAUACACAUAAAUAGAAUCUAGUAUACAAUUAUCCAU